AUGUCGAACGACAACGAUAACGUCGAUGUUCGCUUGGAAUGGAUAUCCGAGUACGUCCUACGUACUCUCAAAGUUAAAUACGAAAAAUGGCAGAAAAUGUAUACUAUCGAUGAAAAUAAGAAUAUAAUACAGCAAGUUUUGGACAAAUCCGAUCAGAUGAUUUUAGUUUUUUAUAGCAAUUCAGCUGGAGCACUGUGUGUCUCUUUGGAGUUUCCUAGUACCUUGAAGCAAAAAGCGGUUUAUUUCAUCAAAAAAGCUCGCGAGCCUAUACCAAAAGAAAAUUUCAAGGCUGCUUUAAACUAUGGUGAUCUAUCAAAUUCGCCUUUGGAACAAUUGUCAGCGCUUGUCGAUGAGGUUCUUGUGCCCAUCUUGACCAAUUCUAAAAAUCAUGAACAAUGGCCAAGUGUUGUCUCCCAAGAUGUACUUAGGCAUGUCCAUUCAUUAAAGAGUAAUGUCUAUGUUAUUGCUGGUCAAGUUAAAGGUAAAACGCUUUUACCACUUCCAGUUGGAUCUGAACGCAUGAUUGAAGAAUCAGAUGACAAAGAGGAAACAUGGAGCCGUGGCCUAGUCCAUGCCAUUGAAUCAGCAGUUAUUGAAUGGUCGCAUCAAAUUCGAGAUGUCUUGAAAAGAGAUUCUGCACAACCGCUGUUGGAAGGUUUAAAUCCUUUACCAUUUACUGAAAUUGUCUUUUGGAAAGCAAAAUGUGCAAAUUUAGAAUGUAUCUACGAGCAGCUACGAGAUCCAAAAGUUCGUAAAAUGGCUGAAUUGCUCGAGAAAACACAAAGUAGCUAUUUCCCUUCAUUUAAGAAAACAUUUCAAGAUGUCGUAACAGGUUUAAAUGAGGCAAGAGAUAUUUCUAUUCAUUUAAAGCCCCUAAAGCCAUUACUAGAAGACCUGGAACAAACAGAAUUUGAUGCUAUUAAGAAAUCAAUUCCACCACUUUUCCAUACUAUUGGAUUAAUUUGGGCCAAUUCAAAAUAUUACAGUACACCUGCAAGAAUUAUUGUAUUGUUACAAGAAUUAUCCAACAUGAUUAUCGAACUGGCUCGCAAUUUCUUGGAUGCUUCUGAGCUAUUUAAGGGAGAAAUUGAAGAAACUAUCGGCCGCGUGACGAAAACGAUCAAUAUCUGCCGCUAUUAUAGGCAGCACUUCGAUGAAACCAAAGCAAAUAUCUCCAAAUUUUUUAAAGGAGUUGGAACCAACGUUCGGGAAUGGGAAUUCUCACCUACUCUGAUUUUUACUCGAUACCAAAAAUUUGUUGAACGACUACAACAUGUCCAGGAAAUUAUGGAAACAGCUUUAGACUUUUAUAAGCUCGAAAAAGUUGAACUUGGCGGAAUUAAAGGAAAAACUCUAAGUCAACAAGUAGUACAAAUAUUCAAUGAAUUUUCUGAAUACAUGCAAGUUUUUACCAAUACCACAUAUGAUACAUUAGAUAUCAAUAAUGAGGAUUUUGUUAACGAUUACGAGUCAUUCAAGAGAAAAGUCUACGAUUUAGAUCGACGACUUGGUUCUAUCGUGUGCCAAGGUUUUGAAGAUUGCUCUGGUGUUGAAGCUAUUUUUAAGCUGAUCAAUUGCUUUGGUUCUCUGCUCAAUCGGCCAGUUAUUAAAACUGAUUUCGAGCAUAAAUACGCCAUUCUUCUAACCCUUUUCAAUAAGGAGCUGGAUAACGCUAAAAAAAUAUAUGAUAUACAAAUUGCAUCUGAGAAAAAUAAAGAGGGUUCAGCACCGAUAAAUAAAAAUAUGCCAAAUGUAGCCGGAAAUUUGCAAUGGGCUCGUGAAAUUCGUCACCGUAUUUCAGUACCUAUGGCAAGUUUAAAACAACUAGAUCAUCAAAAUAUUCAAGAUACUCCAGAAGCACAAGAAAUAUUCAGGAAAUACGAAGAAAUGAUCGAACUACUUCAAAAGUAUGAGGGUAAAAAAUUUGAAGCUUGGUCAGAAGUUGUCGGCGAUGAAGCCAAAUAUAACCUUGAACGUUCUCUAAUCGUUCGCAACGAAGCAACAAAUCUUAUUGCUGUCAAUUUUGACCCUCAGUUGGUAGCUGUCCUACGUGAAGUUAAAUACCUGGAGAUGAGAGAUAAAGAAACAAUACCAGGCAGUGCUGCAGAAAUCUACUCUAAAAAUGAAACUUUCCGUCAGUACUUGGGCAGUUUAGAUUUAAUCGUUAUGUGGUACAAUAAAGUACGAGAAACUGUACUUGAAGUUGAAUUCCCACUAAUUGAAGAUCGAUUGAAAGAAAUUGAUGAGCAGUUAUUAAAGGCUGAAACCGAAUUAAACUGGAAUAGCGAAGGUAUUUGGGAGUAUAUUAAAUCAACACGGGAGAAAGUUCACGAUUUAGAGAAAAGAGUGCAGAAAGCUAAAGAUAACGUGGAAGCUAUGUCUAAAGAUAUGGCUAAAUGGGCCGUAUCGCCUUUAUAUGAAAGGAAAGAUGACAAGAAAGACGCCUUAUUAAAUGUCGAGGAUCGUGAAAUGCAACUUAAUAAUCGCUAUAAUCUCAUCAAGCAAUCCGGAGAACGAUUGCAUAACCUUCUUAAGGAAAAUUAUGAAUUAUUCGAAGCCAAUGAAGAUUCAGAUAUUUGGCGAGCUUAUGUCGACUACUUAGAUGACAUGAUUGUAGAUGGAUUCUUUAAUGCUAUCCAUUGCUCACUAUCCUAUAUGCUAGACAAUACUGAUCCUAAAAUCAAUACAGCUCCAUUACUAGAAGCUCGAUUAGAUCUUAGUGCUCCUGAUAUGAUUUUUACACCACCAUUGGAUAUUGGUGCACAUAACAGUUUCUACGAUCUUGUUGAAAGUUUACUUAGUGAUGUUUAUCGACAAGCAUCUCUUGUAUCACGCUUAGCUAAGCAUAAUGGUAUGGAUCACUACCAAAGCGAUCUAGAAGAUAUGUUGGAAUUAUCAGAAAUGCGACAAGAAUUAAUGGAUCGAAUUCAAAAUAUCAUGAAUAAAGCUUGCGAGUAUCGCAAUUCAUUUGAUACUUAUUCCUACUUAUGGGUGGAUGAUCGCCAUGAAUUUAUGCGACAAUUCCUAUUAUAUAAUCAUGUCUUAACUCCGGAAGAAAUUGAACAACACGCUGAAGAUGGUGUACCAGAAUGUCCACCGACAUUAGAACAAUUUAAAGAACAAAUUGAUACCUAUGAGCGUAUUUAUAACGAAGUCGAUGAUGUCGACGGUACAUCCAUUUUUGAUACUUGGUUCCGUGUCGAUAUUCGCCCAUUUAAGCAAUCUUUAUUAAAUACGGUGAAACGUUGGAGUUAUAUGUUCAAGCAACAUUUAAUUGAUCAUGUUACCAACAGUUUAGCUGAAUUAGAGAACUUCAUUAAAUCAACCGAUACUGGAUUAACCCUUCAAAUUGAAGAAGGUGAUUAUGAUGGUCUUGUCGCUGUUAUGGGCCAUUUAUUAGCUGUACGUGAUCGUACAUCAGCAACAGAUGAAUUAUUUGAGCCCUUGAAAGCAACCAUUGAUUUAUUGAAAACUUAUGAGCAAGAAAUGUCGGAAGAAGUCCAUAAUCAACUCCGUGAAUUACCGGAAAAGUGGAAUAAUACUAAAAAGAUUUCAGUUACUGUUAAACAAAGUGUUGCACCAUUACAGGCAGCUGAAGUAGCCAUUAUACGCCGCAAAUGUGGCCAAUUUGAAGUUAAACAACAUGAAUUCCGUGAAUGGUUCAGAGCUUAUGCUCCAUUCCGUUUCGAUUGUGAAGAUCCUUAUGAUCGUUUAGAUUCCGCUCAUCUAGAAACCCAUACACUAGAAGAAGAAAUGAAUCAAUUAGCUCAAUCAGCAAGCUUAUUUGAAGUUAAUGUACCAGAUUAUAAGCAAUUGAAAGCAUGCCGACGUGAAAUUCGCUUAUUAAAGACGCUAUGGGAUAUGAUUAGUAUGGUUAUGAGUGAUAUUGAUGAUUGGAAAACCACGUAUUGGUCGGAGAUUAAUGUUGAAAGUAUGGAUGCAGAUUGUAAGAAAUUUGCUAAAGAAAUACGUGAAUUAGAUCGUGAAAUUCGUUCAUGGGAUGCUUAUAAUGGUUUAAGUUCAACAGUGAAAAAUAUGAUGACCUCUUUACGUGCAGUUAGUGAAUUGCAAAAUUCAGCAAUACGUGAACGCCAUUGGCAACAACUUAUGGCUGCAACACAAGUUAAAUUUGUCAUGGAUAAUAGUACUACAUUAGCUGAUUUGUUAGCCUUAAAUUUGCAUAAAUAUGAAGAUGAAGUUCGCAAUAUUGUGGAUAAAGCUAUUAAAGAAUUAAGCAUGGAAAAGAUCCUCAAAGAAUUGGAUGUAACAUGGUCAACUAUGGAAUUUGAAUAUGAACAACAUGCACGUACACAAACACCCUUAUUACGUUCGAGUGAAGAAUUAAUUGAGACAUUAGAAGAUAAUCAAGUCCAAUUGCAAAAUUUAAUUACUUCCAAGCAUAUCUCACACUUUUUAGAAGAGGUUUCAUCAUGGCAAAAGAAAUUAUCAACAGCCGAUGGUGUUAUAUCCAUUUGGUUUGAAGUCCAACGUACUUGGUCGCAUUUAGAGAGUAUUUUUAUUGGGACAGAAGAUAUUCGUAAGCAAUUACCUGAAGAUUCUAAACGUUUUGAUGGAAUUGAUGCUGAUUUUAAAGAUUUAAUGGCUGAUGCACAAAAAACACCUAAUGUUGUUGAAGCAACCAAUAAACCUGGUCUCUUCAACCUAUUAGAAGAUAUCCAAGGCAGAUUAUCCUUAUGUGAGAAAGCAUUAGCAGAAUAUUUAGAAACGAAACGAUUAGCGUUUCCACGUUUUUACUUUGUCUCAUCGGCUGAUUUGUUGGAUAUUCUCUCUAAUGGUAAUCGUCCAUCGGAAGUGGCACGCCAUUUAUCCAAAUUAUUCGACAGUAUUGCAAGGCUGAAAUUUGAAGAAGAUGAAAAUGGUGAAUUAACUAAAGUUGCUAUCGGUAUGUUUAGUAAAGAUGGUGAAUAUGUCGAUUUUAAUACCUCAUGCUCAUGUACUGGCCAAGUUGAAACAUGGUUAAAUCGAUUAUUGGAUACUAUGCGCUCCACAAUUAAACAUCAAUUAACUGAAGCUGUUGUCACAUAUGAAGAGAAAGCUCGUGAUCAAUGGAUCUUUGAUUAUCCAGCUCAAGUUGCCUUAACUGGUACACAAGUAUGGUGGACAACAGAAGUCAAUAUUGCCUUUAGUCGUUUGGAAGAAGGCUACGAAAAUGCUUUAAAAGAUUAUAAUAAGAAACAAAUUGCUCAAUUAAAUUCACUCAUUACCAUGUUAUUAGGUGAUUUAUCCAAAGGAGAGCGACAAAAAAUUAUGACUAUUUGUACCAUUGAUGUCCAUGCUCGUGAUGUAGUCGGGAAAUUAAUCCAGCAAAAAGUAGAAAAUGCUCAAGCUUUCGUUUGGUUAUGCCAAUUAAGACAUCGUUGGGAUGAUGAUAAGAAAGAUUGUUUCGCUAAUAUUUGCGAUGCCCAAUUUUGUUAUUCCUAUGAAUACCUUGGCAAUCAACCACGUCUAGUCAUUACGCCAUUAACAGAUCGUUGCUAUAUUACAUUAACGCAAUCUUUGCAUUUAACUAUGAGUGGCGCUCCAGCUGGGCCAGCAGGUACUGGUAAAACAGAAACUACCAAAGAUCUUGGUCGUGCAUUAGGUUGUAUGGUUUAUGUCUUUAAUUGCUCGGAGCAAAUGGAUUAUAAAUCCAUAGGCAAUAUUUAUAAAGGUUUAGCGCAAACAGGUGCAUGGGGUUGCUUCGAUGAAUUUAAUCGUAUCUCUAUUGAAGUAUUAUCGGUAGUAGCAGUCCAAGUGAAAUCGAUCCAAGAUGCUAUCCGUGAUAGAAAAGAACGCUUUGUAUUCCAAGGUGAAGAAAUCUCCUUAACACCUACUGUGGGCAUCUUUAUCACCAUGAAUCCAGGCUAUGCUGGUCGUACUGAAUUACCAGAAAAUUUGAAAGCAUUAUUCCGUCCAUGUGCUAUGGUAGUACCUGAUUUUGAAUUAAUUUGUGAAAUUAUGUUGGUAGCAGAAGGUUUCUUAGAUGCACGAUUAUUAGCACGUAAAUUUAUUACUUUAUAUACCCUAUGUCGUGAAUUAUUAUCUAAGCAAGAUCAUUACGAUUGGGGUUUACGUGCUAUUAAAUCGGUCUUAGUAGUGGCUGGAUCAUUAAAACGUAGUGAUCGCCAACGACCUGAAGAUCAAGUUUUAAUGCGUGCUUUACGUGAUUUUAACACACCUAAAAUUGUCACCGAUGAUUUACCGGUUUUCCUUGGCUUAAUUAGCGAUCUCUUCCCAUCUCUGGAUGUCCCACGUAAGCGCGAUCUUGAAUUAGAAGCUAUCGUCAAGACAUCAACACAACAACUUAAUUUACAACCUGAAGAUAGUUUCAUCUUGAAAGUAGUCCAAUUAGAUGAAUUAUUAGCUGUACGCCAUUCUGUUUUUGUUAUUGGUGCUGCUGGCACAGGAAAAACACAAAUUUUACGCACUUUGCAUAAAACCUAUCAAAAUCAAAAGCGUAAACCAGUCUGGCAUGAUAUGAAUCCGAAAGCAGUCACUACCGAUGAAUUAUUCGGCUGUAUUAAUUCAGCAACACGGGAAUGGAAAGAUGGCUUAUUUUCAGUUUCUAUGCGUGAUUUAGCCAAUCUAUCCGGUGACGGACCCAAAUGGAUUGUCUUAGAUGGUGAUAUUGAUCCAAUGUGGAUCGAAUCGUUAAAUACAGUUAUGGACGAUAAUAAAGUAUUAACAUUAGCUAGUAAUGAAAGAAUCCCGUUAACACCUUCUAUGCGAUUAUUAUUUGAAAUUGGACACUUGAAAUAUGCAACACCAGCCACCGUUUCACGUGCUGGAAUCUUAUAUGUUAAUCCAACAGAUUUAGGAUGGAGUCCUUAUGUUACAAGUUGGAUUGAUACACGUGAAGUUCAAUCGGAAAAAGCGAAUUUAAUCAUCUUAUUUGAUAAAUAUGUUCCAACUUGUUUGGAUACAUUAAGAAAUCGUUUCAAGAAGAUUACCCCUGUGGCCGAUAUUAGUAUGGUGCAAACACUAUGCUAUCUGUUAGAAGUUUUAUUAACGGAAGAUAAUGUCCCUCCAGAUAGUCCCAAAGAACAUUAUGAAAUCUAUUUUGUAUUUGCUGCUGUGUGGGCAUUUGGUGGUGCUAUGUUCCAAGAUCAAUUGGUCGAUUAUCGUGUUGAAUUUAGUAAAUGGUGGGUAAGUGAAUUUAAAACCAUUAAAUUUCCAUCGGCUGCCACGGUAUUUGAUUAUCAAGUCGAUCGUGAAACGAAAAAAUUUGUACCAUGGGCUGAAAAAGUACCUAAAUUUGAAUUUGAUCCUGAAUUGCCAUUGCAAUCGGCUUUAGUCCAUACUGCUGAAACGAUUCGUGUUCGCCAUUUUACUCGAUUAUUAAUGCAACGUGGUCGUCCAGUUUUACUCGUAGGUAAUGCUGGCACAGGGAAAUCUGUCUUGGUCAAUAAUGUCCUACAAAGUCUUGGUGAUGAUUACCAAUUGACAUUUAUCCCCUUUAAUCAUUAUACUACCUCAGCCAUGUUACAAGGUAUCUUGGAGAAACCAUUAGAAAAGAAAGCUGGACGUAAUUAUGGCCCACCUGGCACGAAAAAAAUGGUCUACUAUGUGGAUGAUUUAAAUAUGCCCGAAGUUGAUACUUAUGGCACUGUUUCACCGCAUACUUUAAUACGACAACAUUUAGAUUAUAAACAUUGGUAUGAUCGCAAUAAGUUAUUGCUGAAAGAUAUCCAUAAUUGCCAAUAUAUUGCUUGUAUGAAUCCAACUGCUGGUAGCUUUACUGUUAAUCCACGCUUACAACGCCAUUUCUGUGUCUUUGCAUUAAGUUUCCCUGGCUCCGAUGCAUUGCAUACCAUCUAUAAUAGUAUCAUGCAAGCUCAUCUUGAUUCUUUUACCUUCCCAUCGAGUAUCUAUAAAAUUUCACAAAAUCUGGUCAAUGCUGCUAUUUCACUCCAUCAUAAAGUGACAAGCCAUUUCUUACCAACAGCUAUAAAAUUUCAUUAUACCUUCAAUUUACGCGACUUAUCCAAUAUCUUCCAAGGUAUCUUAUUUUCAACACCAGACUGUAUCCGUGUCCAAACGGAUCUAGUACGCAUAUGGAUGCAUGAAAGUUAUCGUGUCUAUAGUGAUAAAUUAGUCGAUGAUAAAGAUUUAGAAUAUUUCGAUCGAUUAGUUGCGGAUAUGGUGAGGAAAAAUUUCGAUGAUAUCGAUGAAGAACCCUUAGCAGUUCGACCAUUACUCUAUAGCCAUUUCUCAGGUGGUAUUGGCGAUCUCAAGUAUAUGCCUAUCCAAGAUUGGCAUUCUAUCAAUAAGAUAUUAGAAGAAGCAUUAGAUAGUUAUAACGAAAUGAAUGCUGUUAUGAAUCUUGUCUUAUUUGAAGAUGCUAUGCAACAUGUCUGUCGUAUUAAUCGUAUCCUCGAAUCGCCACGCGGUAAUGCACUCUUAGUUGGUGUUGGUGGUAGUGGUAAGCAAAGUUUAGCAAGAUUAGCAUCCUUUAUAAGUAGUUUAGAUGUCUUCCAAAUUACAUUACGAAAAGGUUAUGCUAUUGCUGAUCUCAAGUUAGAUUUAGCUAGUCUAUGUACUAAAGCAGGCUUGAAAAAUAUUGGUACAGUCUUCCUCUUGACUGAUGCACAAAUACCAGAUGAGCAAUUUUUAGUCUUAAUUAACGAUCUUUUAGCCUCGGGUGAAAUUCCUGAGCUUUAUCCUGAUGAUGAAGUGGAUAACAUUAUUGGUAGUUUACGCGCUGAAGUACGCGGUAGUGGUAUGCAAGAUACCAAAGAAAAUUGUUGGAAAUUCUUUAUUGAUCGUGUAAGGCAAAAUCUGAAAGUAGUCUUAUGCUUUUCACCAGUGGGUUCAACAUUACGUGUCCGAGCUAGAAAAUUCCCCGCUGUUGUCAAUUGUACCUCCAUCGAUUGGUUCCAUGAAUGGCCAGAAGAAGCAUUAAUCCGUGUUAGCAAGCGCUUCUUAGAUGAAGUGGACAUCUUAGAUACUGAUAUCAAAGAUUCCAUUAGUCAAUUUAUGGCCUAUGUCCAUACAAGUGUUAACGAAAUGAGUAAAGUUUACUUGACGAAUGAACGCCGCUAUAAUUAUACUACACCAAAAAGUUUCUUGGAACAAAUUAAGCUAUAUCGCAAUUUACUCAAGAAAAAAAGUAAAGAAUUAACCAGUAAAAUGGAACGUCUGGAAAAUGGUUUAUUAAAAUUAGAAAGCACUUCAUCACAAGUCGAUGAUUUAAAAGCCAAAUUAGCAUCACAAGAAGUUGAAUUAAAGCAGAAAAAUGAAGAUGCUGAUAAAUUAAUCCAAAAAGUCGGUAUUGAAACUGAAAAAGUCAGUAAAGAGAAAGAAAUUGCUGAUGAAGAAGAAAAGAAAGUUGCUUUAAUUGCACAAGAAGUUGCCGAAAAGCAAAAAUCAUGUGAAGAAGAUCUUCUUAAAGCAGAGCCUGCUUUAGUCGCUGCAAAAGAAGCAUUAAAUACAUUAAAUAAAGCCAAUUUAACCGAAUUGAAAUCAUUUGGUCAGCCACCUGAAGCAGUUAAAAAUGUCACUGCUGCUGUUAUGGUCUUAUUAGCAACACCCAAUAAAAUACCAAAAGAUCGAAGUUGGCGACAAGCUAAAUUAAUGAUGAGUCGUGUGGAUACAUUCUUAGAGACAUUAAUUAAUUUCGAUAAAGAACAUAUCGAUGAUUCCAACUUGAAAGCAUUACAACCCUACUUAAAUAAUCCCGAAUUUAAUCCUGAUUUUAUACGCAAUAAAUCGUUAGCUGCUGGUGGCUUAUGCUCAUGGGUUAAAAAUACCGUCGUAUUUUAUAACGUUUAUUGUGAAGUCGAGCCAAAACGUAUUGCAUUAGAGCAAGCUAAUGCUGAAUUAGCAGCUGCACAAGAGAAAUUAGCCAAUAUCAAGGUUAAAAUUAACAUCUUAGAUGAUAAUUUAUCACGUUUAACAGCUGAAUUUGAGAAAGCUACUUCUGAAAAAUUAAAAUGUCAACAAGAAGCAGAUACAACAGCUAAAACUAUUACACUAGCCAAUCGCUUAGUUGGAGGUUUAUCAUCGGAGAAAAUACGUUGGAAUGAAUCGGUUGUUAAUUUAAAACAUCAAGAAAUAACUUUGCCUGGCGAUGUCCUCUUAACCGCUGCAUUUAUAUCUUAUGUUGGUUGCUUUACACGCAAUUAUCGUGCUGAUUUAACUGGCCAUAAAUGGAUACCAUUUCUACAACAGCAAAAAGUGCCCAUACCAAUUACGGAAGACUUAGAUCCGCUAACAUUAUUAACCGAUGAUGCCACUGUUGCUGGUUGGAAUAAUGAAGGCUUACCAAGUGAUCGUAUGUCAACUGAGAAUGCAACCAUCUUAGCCAAUGCUGAACGCUGGCCAUUAAUGAUUGAUCCACAAUUACAAGGUAUUAAAUGGAUUAAAAAUCGUUAUGGUGAAGAAUUGCGUGUUGUACGCCUUGGACAACGUAAUUAUUUAGAUAUUAUUGAACGUGCUGUCUCCAAUGGUGAUAUCGUCUUGAUUGAAAAUCUGGAUGAAAUUAUCGAUCCUGUUCUUGAUCCAUUACUCGGUCGAAAUACCAUCAAGAAAGGUAAAUUUAUCAAGAUUGGUGAUAAAGAAGUGGAAUAUCAUCCAGAUUUCCGCUUAAUCUUACAAACUAAAUUAGCCAAUCCACAUUAUAAGCCUGAAUUACAAGCACAAGCAACAUUAAUUAAUUUCACCGUUACACGCGAUGGCUUAGAAGAUCAAUUACUAGCUGAAGUUGUCAGUAAAGAAAGGCCUGAUUUAGAAAAAUCAAAAGCUGAUUUAACGAAAUUACAAAAUGAUUUCAAGAUACGUUUGAAAGAAUUAGAAGAUUCAUUAUUAUCACGUUUAUCAGCUGCUGAAGGCAAUUUCUUAGGUGAUUAUUCAUUAGUGGAGAACUUAGAAGUAACUAAACGAACUGCAUCAGAAAUUGAAGUCAAAGUGACAGAAUCCAAAGCAACUGAAAUUGAAAUCAAUCAAGCUCGUGAACAUUAUCGUCCAGCAGCUGCACGUGCAUCAUUACUCUAUUUCAUCCUCAACGAUCUACAUAAGAUCAAUCCUAUCUAUCAAUUCUCAUUAAAAGCAUUCAAUGCUGUCUUUAAUAAGGCCAUUGAUCGUGCUGAAGUCGCGGACGAUGUUAAAGUUAGAGUAGCUAAUUUAAUCGAUAUUAUUACUUACUCGGUGUAUGCUUAUACAAGUCGUGGAUUAUUCGAAAGUGAUAAGUUGAUCUUUGCAGCUCAAGUUACCUUCCAAGUAUUACUCAUGAAUAAAGAAAUAUGGGCUAAUGAAUUAGAUUUCCUAUUACGUUUCCCAGUGGUGCAAAAUAUUAUCAGCCCAGUCGAUUUUCUAUCUCAUCAUGCUUGGGGUGGUAUUAAAGCAUUGGCAUCCAUGGAUGAAUUUAGAAAUUUAGAUCGUGAUAUCGAAGGUUCUGCAAAACGAUGGAAAAAAUUUGUUGAAAGUGAAUGCCCUGAAAAGGAGAAAUUCCCACAAGAAUGGAAAACAAAAUCAUCAUUACAAAAGUUGUGCAUGUUACGUGCAUUGCGACCGGAUCGUAUGACUUAUGCUAUUAGCAAUUUUGUGGAAGAAAAAUUAGGCCAUAAAUAUGUUGAAAAUAGACAAAUUGAAUUCUCUAGAUCAUUUGAAGAAAGUAGCCCAGCAACACCAAUCUUUUUCAUCUUAUCACCUGGUGUUGAUCCAUUAAAAGAUGUCGAAGCAUUAGGUAAAAAAUUAGGCUAUACUAUUAGUGCUGGCUCCUUGCAUAAUAUAUCACUUGGACAAGGUCAAGAAAUUGUCGCUGAACAAAGUCUUGAUUUAGCUGCACGUGAAGGUCAUUGGGUUAUUUUGCAAAAUAUCCAUUUAGUAGCUAAAUGGUUGCCAACAUUAGAGAAGAAAAUUGAAACUUAUAGUGAAGGAAGUCAUGAAAAUUAUCGUGUCUUUAUGUCAGCUGAGCCUGCUCCAACACCAGAAUCUCAUAUUAUACCACAAGGUCUAUUGCAAGCAUCGAUUAAAAUUACCAAUGAACCACCGACUGGAAUGCAAGCCAACUUAUACAAAGCAUUGGACAACUUUAAUCAAGAUACCCUGGAAAUAUGUACACGUGAGAGUGAAUUUAAAUCAAUCUUAUUUGCACUCUGUUAUUUCCAUGCUGUUGUAGCUGAACGACGUAAAUUUGGACCACAAGGAUGGAAUCGGCCAUAUCCAUUCAAUACUGGUGACUUAACUAUCAGUGUCAACGUCUUGUAUAAUUACUUAGAAGCAAAUACUAAAGUUCCAUGGACUGAUUUGCGCUAUUUAUUCGGUGAAAUUAUGUAUGGUGGCCAUAUUACUGACGAUUGGGAUCGACGUCUAUGUAAGACCUAUCUUGAAGAGUUUAUGAGAGCCGACUUAUUAGAUGGUGAAUUACAGUUUGCACCAGGUUUCCCUGUACCACCAAAUAGCGAUUAUAAAGGCUAUCAUUUGUACAUUUCUGAAAUGUUACCACCUGAAAGCCCAUAUCUAUAUGGUCUCCAUCCAAAUGCUGAAAUUGGUUUCUUAACAACAACAUCAAAUAGUCUUUUCCGAACUGUCUUGGAAAUGCAACCACGCGAUGCUGGUGCUGGUGGCGGUGCAGCGUCUACACGCGAAGAGAAAGUCAAGCAAACAUUAGAUGAAAUUAUCGAGAAGUUACCUGAAGAAUUUAAUGUAUCUGAAAUGAUGGCACGUAUAGAAGAUCGUUCACCAUAUACUGUUGUAGCCUUCCAAGAAUGUGAAAGAAUGAAUAUAUUAACAUCAGAAAUACGACGAUCAUUAAAAGAAUUAGAUCUUGGCUUAAAGGGUGAAUUAACAAUAUCAGCUGAUAUGGAGAAUUUACAAAAUUCACUCUUCCUGGAUAAAGUACCUGAUAGCUGGACUAAGCGUGCAUAUCCAUCACUGUCAGGAUUAGCUGCUUGGUAUAGUAAUUUGUUAUUGCGUAUUAAAGAAUUGGAAAAUUGGACAACUGAUUUUGCAUUACCAAAUGUUGUCUGGUUGGCUGGUUUUUUCAAUCCUCAAUCAUUUUUAACCGCUAUUAUGCAAUCUAUGGCUAGGAAAAAUGAAUGGCCACUUGAUAAAAUGUGUAUUCAGUGUGAUGUUACAAAGAAAAGCAAAGAAGAUUUCAAUAGUCCGCCUCGUGAAGGUGCCUAUAUUCAUGGUUUAUUCAUGGAAGGUGCCCGCUGGGAUGUACAAUCUGGUGUUAUACAAGAUUCUAAACUAAAGGAAUUAACUCCAUCAAUGCCAGUAAUAUUUUUGCGUGCUAUUACUGUUGAUCGUCAAGAAACAAGAAAUAUCUAUGAGUGUCCAGUAUAUAAAACUCGACAACGUGGCCCAACAUUUGUCUGGACAUUUAAUCUUAAGACGAAAGAAAAUUCAUCGAAAUGGAUAUUAGCAGGAGUUGCUUUACUGUUGAGCACUUAA